AUGAUGGCAUGGGUCAGGACUGUGAGUUUAAUGCUAUGGGCUUUAACAGCCAACUCUGUGGCAAAUGAACAUAUGGAGCGUGCACUGAUGUUGAUGGCAGAAACACCACUUAUCGAUGGACACAAUGACCUGCCCUGGCAGAUGAGGAGCCUGUUUAAUAAUCAGCUCAGCAUGGUGGACCUGUACACACUAAACUCAACACACACCAACAUCCCAAAAAUCAAACAGGGGCGCCUCGCAGCACAGUUCUGGGCAGCUUAUGUAGAAUGUGAUACCCAGUAUAAGGACUCAGUCAGACAGACCUUGGAGCAGAUAGACGUAAUUCACAGGAUGUGCGAGCAAUACCCAGAAGAUUUCCAAUUCGCUGCAAGCAGUCAAGAUAUAAGGGAUGCCUUUGACCAGAAUAAGACCGCCUGUCUCAUUGGGGUAGAGGGUGGGCAUUCUAUCGACAGCAGUUUGGGCACUCUGCGCACUAUGUACCAGCUGGGCGUACGAUACCUCACACUUACACAUAGCUGCAACACACCCUGGGCUGACAACUGGUUGGUAGACACAGGAUCUGAGCCAGAAGUACACAAUGGUUUGUCUGACUUUGGCAAGCAAGUGAUCUGGGAAAUGAACCGCCUUGGAAUGCUUGUUGACCUGUCUCAUGUAACCGAGAAGGUGAUGAAGCAGGUACUGGAGAUAUCCAAAGCACCUGUUAUCUUCAGCCAUUCUUCUGCCUACGGGAUCUGCGCUCACAAGAGGAACGUUCCAGAUGAAGUUCUCCUGGAAGUGAAAAAUAAGAAUGGCAUCGUCAUGGUAAAUUUUUAUAAUGACUAUGUCACCUGCAAAGAAGAUGCCAGCAUCGAUGAUGUGGCUAAUCACUUUGACUACAUCAAGAAAGUGGCUGGCUCUAGUAUCAUUGGAUUUGGAGGAGAUUAUGAUGGUGUGCCAAGGGUGCCAACUGGUCUAGAGGAUGUGUCAAAGUACCCAGACCUGGUGGCUCUGCUUUUGAAACGUGGCUGGAAUGAUGAUGAGAUCAAGGAUGCUCUUGGGAGGAACCUGCUAAGGGUGUUUGGAGAGGUGGAGAGGGUAAGAGACAGCCUGAAAGCUACCAAGCCAGAUGAUAAACCCAUCCCUCUUAAAGAAGUCCAGAAUCCCUGCAGAACGGAUUACGGUUAUCCAAAUGAUCGCAGUUCUGCAUGUACACAGUCUCUCUAUCCUCUUGUCUUGGUCCUGACACUGCUAAACAAGUUACUCUAACCAACCUCUGCCAAGCAGUUCUAUAAAGUUCUAUAGGACUGUGAACAACCCAAUAUAGAGUUCCUAAGAGAUCUGAUUUUGAUAUUUAGUAUUUCACUAUUUGAGGUGUCAAUUUGCCUAAAAAGACUA